CCGACCACUGUGUCUUCAAUUGGAGUCAUAACCCAUCAAAUAACACAAGUUGGUGUCACACCUCCACUCACGUCCCAGCCACAGUCCAGUCCAAGUGCCUCAGUGUUACAGCUGCGAGACAUCCCUGGUGUGGUACGCUGCCCGCACUGCCAUCAGGUCGUCACCACCAAAGUCACAUACCAACCUGGGAAAGCUGCCUGGUGCGCGUGUUGUCUUUUAACAAUGAUAGGGUUGAUUUGUGGUUGCUGUCUGAUUCCUUUCAUGGCACAUGGGAUGCAAGACGUACAUCACUCCUGCCCGCAGUGUGGAAAGCAUUUGCACAUAUUUAUGAGAUGA